UAAACCCUACCUCAGGGGGUGAUUGUAAUUUACCCAUGGCCAGACAGUAAUUACAUCCUUAAUUAUUACCACCACAUUGAUUCCCAUUCUCAAAGAUUCUUCCUUUUUUUCUCAAUAAAAGGAAUUGAGUACUUGAAGAAAAACAAGAGUGCAGCGGUGAAUCGAAGAAGACAACAAAAGUGAAAAGAAAAAAGGAAAAAAAAAAAUCUUUUUUUUUUAUUUAAUUUACUGUACAGCACUUCGGCACAAGAUUCAUAGAGAGACUUAAGCUAACAGUCUCCCCUUCAAAAAAAAAAGCCACUACUUUCCAGGUUCCGAUUUAGGGUUCUUCUCUCACUUCACUUUCUCUCUCUAAAACACCCGCUCUCUAGAUCACCGCAUUCCGGGGGAUCAAUCGUGUAUCGCUAUUUUUCUUUUUUUUUUUUAGGGUUUUUCUUUUUUCACUGAUCUGUUAUUCCGAAUCGAUUUCUUUUAUUAAUUUGGUUCUAUUGUAGAAUAAGUUGUUGAUAUAAAAAGCGCUUUUUAGUUGGUUGUUGAGCUUUUUGCUGGGAAUUUUCGUUUGUUGAGUAUGUUUCUGCAGUCAAGAUUUGGUGAGGGUUUGGUGAAGUGAAAAAAGGGAAUGGAAGUUGAUAUUUACAAGAUUAACCCAGAUUAAUUACAGCUUCCAUUUGGUCUAUUUAUUUUGUUUUCAUUUGAAUUUUGAUAUAAGCCGCUUUGUUCGAAGUACUUUUUCUGCCCUAAUGGAUAAAGGGAUUGAGAAUUUGUUAUCAGCUAGAAAGUUGCUGAAAGCCAGUGUCGAAAAAUCAAAAUCUUUGGCACUGUCUUUGGAAAAAACCGGUCCGAGAUUAGACGAAAUCAACCAACGAUUGCCGUCGCUCGAAGUGGCAAUCCGGCCAAUCCGAGCCGAAUCCGACGCCCUGACUUCCGUUGGAGGCCACAUAAACCGGGCGGUGGUCCCCGCGGCGGCUGUCCUGAAGGUGUUCGAUGCGGUCCACGGUCUCGAGAAAUCGCUGUCCGAUCCACAAUCGGAUCUCGUAGGUUAUCUGAGUGUGCUCAAACGCCUCGAAGAAGCGACGAGAUUCUUGGGAGACAAUUGCGGCAUGGCUAUCCAGUGGCUGGCUGAUAUAGUCGAGUAUUUGGAGGAUCACAACGUAGCGGAUUCCCGUUUCAUUUCGGGUUUGAAGAAGUCGUUAAAGAAUCUCCACGAGCUCGAAUCGAACGAGGAGAAGGGCUGUCUUGAUGGAGGGCUUCUAGAAGCUUCCUUGGAUAGAUUGGAAAACGAGUUCCGGAGAUUGUUGUCGGAAAACAGUUUCCCGUUGCCUAUGUCGUCUCCGAUUUCGCCCGACGAGAAUCCAUGCAUUGCCCCCUCGCCUCUCCCCGUGGCGGUUAUUCAAAAGAUGCAGGCGAUUUUGGGGAGAUUGGCCGCGAACGAGAGAUUCGAAAAGUGUAUAUCGAUUUACGUGGAGGUGAGGAGCGAGAACGUGCGCGCGAGUUUGCGGGCGCUCAAUUUGGAUUAUCUCGAAAUUUCGGUUUCGGAAUUCAAUAGUGUGGCGAGCAUAGAGGUUUAUAUAGAUAAGUGGGGCCAGCAUUUGGAGUUUGCGAUGAAGCACCUUUUCGAAGCCGAAUAUAAAUUAUGCAACGACGUGUUUGAAAAAAUGGGAUUGGAUGUUUGGAAAAGCUGCUUCGCCAAAAUAGCUGCUCAAGCGGGAAUUAUUGCGUUUUUGCAAUUCGGGAAAACCGUAACUGAAAGUAAGAAAGAUCCCGUUAAGCUAUUGAAGCUUCUUGAUAUAUUUGCUUCUUUAAAUAAACUGAGAUUGGAUUUCAAUCGGCUUUUUGGUGGUGCCGCCUGCGAGGAGAUUCAAAAUAUGACGAGGGAUUUAAUCAAGAGAGUAAUCGAGGGCUCGUGCGAGAUUUUCUGGGAGCUUCUAGUGCAAGUCGAGCUUCAAAGACACACGCCGCCACCUGGCGAUUGCGGUAUUCCUAGGGUUGUGUCUUUCAUUACAGACUAUUGUAAUAAACUCUUAGGCGACGAAUACAAGCCGAUUCUGACGCAAGUACUCGUAAUCGAGCGGAGCUGGAAGAAAGAAAAGUACCAAGACAGAAUCUUGAUCGGUGAGCUUCUGAAUUUGGUCAAAGCGAUCGAGAUCAAUUUGGAGACGUGGUCAAAGGGGUAUGAGGACGCCGUCUCUUCGUACAUGUUCUUGAUGAACAACCACUGGCAUUUGUACAAACACCUCAAGGGCACGAAGCUUGGCGCGAUUCUCGGGGAUUCUUGGCUGAACGAGCACGAGCAGUACAAGGAGUACUACUCGGCAAUGUACUUGCGCGAGAGCUGGGGGAAGCUUCCGGAACAUUUGAGCAGGGAGGGUUUGAUCUUGUUCUCGGGCGGGCGGGGCACGGCCCGUAAUCUCGUGAAGCAGCGGCUGAAGGCGUUCAACGAGGCGUUUGAUGACAUGUACAAGAAGCAGUCGAGUUGGGUCGUUUCGGAUAAGGAUUUGAGGGAGAGGGUUUGCCAGGUCGUCGUCCAGACGAUCGUGCCCGUUUAUCGGAGCUACAUGCAGAAUUACGGGCCGUUGGUCGAGCAGGACGGUAGCGCGAGUAAGUACGCGAAGUACAGCGCUCUGUCGUUGGAGAAAACGUUGGAGGCGUUGUUUUGUCCGAAGAAUUCGAAACAGGGGAGUUUUAAAGGGAGGCAGAUGAGUGGGAAGUUCGGUAACGGGGUUGUGGAGCAGUAUCCGAAUUCUCCGACCGUGAAAUGAUAUGCUGCCAAGUGUCGAGCCGUGAUUGGCCGAUUCUCGAUUUGGGGAUUUGUAGAGGGUACUUUCUUUUUAUGGGUUUGAUCUUAUUAUUAUUAUUCAUUUUAUUUUACUUUCAUCUUCAAUCACAAUUAUAUUGCUAGGUUGAGUGGUAAGAGUACAAAUUGGUGUAUUUUUCCUUUGUUGUAAGAAAUUAAUAGGUGUAAGAAAUUGUUUAGUGGGUAAUGUAGAAGGGUUGUAGCUGUAAGAAUUAAGAGGUGAAGGAUCAAUGUGAAGGGUAUUUUGAAGAAUAAGAAUUUCAUAUUAACUUUUGCUUUUGCUUU